UCGGAAAAAAAAAAUUUUUUUUUGAGUAUAUAUAUAUAAAUAUAUAUUGUUAAAAUUGAAAAACGAAUGGCGCUUUCGCUUUUAACACAAUUUCCCAGUUUCUCGGAUUUACAAACAUUUUUCGAUACGACACAUACAAAUACCUAUCAACAAAAUCAUAAUCAUCAACAAGAGCAGCAACAACAACAACAAUACCAACAACAAGAUCAAUUCGAUCAAAUGGAAUACAAUAAUCAAAGUCAAUAUCAUCAAAACGUUAACAAUAAUUGCCACAAUAGAAAUAGUGACAUUAACCACAGUAAUAGUAUCCACAACAACAACAACAACAACAAUUCUACCAAUAACAAUCUAAAUAAUAAUAAUAAUAACAACAAUAACAACAAUAGCAAUCAUUCGCAUAACAACAGUUCUACGAGUUUAAGCAAUCAGCAUUUCACGAAUACAAACCGAAACUAUAACAGUGGUUAUCAUCAUCAGCACAUUAGUGCAGAUUAUGAAACUGUAAUCAAUUUCAUAGACUCACCACCAAACUCAGAAGAAUCUUGGACAGACGAUCGUUCCAAAGGCUCACCCGGACCACAAAUAAUUGACGUUCAAACAAUUUAUUCCAAUAACGGAUCACGUAAAAGACGAAUGGAUUGGGAUUCCUUAGAUAUCGAUCAGAGUGGAAACACAGCAACAACAGCUCAAACGGAUGAAAUACCAAACAAGAUAACAAGUCACGAUAAAGAAAGACAUAAAAGAGAAAAACUUGGUGAGUUUAUAAGUUCUACAGACAGUGGCCGUGAAGGGGUUAAAGAUAAGGAUCGUCCUUAG